AUGAAUAACUCUAGAAGAUUAGUUGGUUUAAUUCCAUGGUUCAAAGCACCACUCUCCAAGCCAAUGUCAUCUGGACGAUGCUUUUAUUCAAUUCGUACCAUUCAAGAUAUUGAAGAUGCCAAUGAAUACAAUGAAUUAAAGAGAUCUGAAUGGGCUGCAAAAGAAUUAAAAAUGCAAGAAGCAAAGGAUAAAUUAUUACAAAAACAAGAAAAAAGAGAAAAGAUCCAAUCAGUAAAGGAUGAAAACAAAAAGGAGGUAAAGCUAACUGGUUCUGGUAUAGUCUUUUAA